GCAUUCGCCACCGAUGCUCGCCUCCUAAAUGCAGUGAACUAUCCCCUUCCUGAUAUCGGUUCUCAGGCGUUUGCGAGGACUGGUCCCUCGACUUCCCCAGUCGCUGCUCAUACUGAGGUCUCGGGUCAGCCCUCGACUCCUCUAGUCGCUGCUCAUACUGAGGUCUCGGGUCGGCCCUCGACUCCUCUAAUCGCUGCUCAUACUGAGGUCUCGGGUCGGCCCUCGACUCCUCUAGUCGCUGCUCAUACUGAGGUCUCGGCUCGGCCCUCGACACCCCCAGUCGCUGCUCAUACUGAGGUCUCGGCUCGGCCCUCGACACCCCCAGUCGCUGCUCAUACUGAGGUCUCGGGUCAGCCCUCGACUCCUCUAGUCGCUGCUCAUACUGAGGUCUCGGCUCGGCCCUCGACACCCCCAGUCGCUGCUCAUACUGAGGUCUCGGGUCAGCCCUCGACUCCUCUAGUCGCUGCUCAUACUGAGGUCUCGGCUCGGCCCUCGACACCCCCAGUCGCUGCUCAUACUGAGGUCUCGGGUCAGCCCUCGACUCCUCUAGUCGCUGCUCAUACUGAGGUCUCGGCUCGGCCCUCGACUCCUCUAGUCGCUGCUCAUACUGAGGUCUCGGGUCGGCCCUCGACACCCCCAGUCGCUGCUCAUACUGAGGUCUCGGCUCGGCCCUCGACACCCCCAGUCGCUGCUCAUACUGAGGUCUCGGGUCAGCCCUCGACUCCUCUAGUCGCUGCUCAUACUGAGGUCUCGGCUCGGCCCUCGACACCCCCAGUCGCUGCUCAUACUGAGGUCUCGGGUCAGCCCUCGACUCCUCUAGUCGCUGCUCAUACUGAGGUCUCGGCUCGGCCCUCGACACCCCCAGUCGCUGCUCAUACUGAGGUCUCGG